AUGAACUCCUUAUCCCUCCUCGUCUUCCUCCUGAGUGCACUUUCCGGCAGCGUCCACGCUACUUUCCUGCCCGGAACCUCCCAGCCUGCUUUAGUCCAGCCUCCCACCCAGCACUCCGGCACGUAUGCGCCCGUCCCAGUCGACCUUCCCGCCAAGCGGUCUGACUCAUACGCCAAGCAGCCUGACUCCUACACCCAGCCAUCCGCCUCAUACCAGCCUGUCACUCUCCGCCCUCCCACUCAGCAGGGCGGCACGUUCCCGCCGGUUUCGGCCCAAAUCCCCGGCCAGCAGCCCGGCUCAUACCAGCCUGUGACGGUCCAUCCUCCCACUCAGCAGAGCAGCACGUACACGCCGGUCUCAGUUACUCCUCCCAUCCAGGAUUCCGACUCCUACCAGCCGGUGUCCAUCCGCUCCCCCGCCCAGCAGGGCGAUUCGUACCAGCCGGUCGCAUUCAACUCUCCCACCCAGGAGUCCGGCUCCUCUGCCCCUUUCAUCCUCCGCUCUCCCAAUCAGCCGAGCGGAACGUACCAGCCGGCCUCAGUCCAAAUCCCUGGCCAGCAGUUCGGCUCCUACGAGCCCGUCACGGUGCACUCUGAUAAGGACCAAUCUGGCUCCUACCAGCCCGUCUCGAUCCACCCUGCUACGGAGUCUGACACCUACGCACCCGUUACUAUCCACCCUAGCACCCAUCAAUCCGGCGAUUUCCAGCCCGUCUCGGUUCGGCCCACUCCCUCGUCCGGUACCUCCGGCAUCUUUACGCCCGUCACCUUCGAGAAAGGUUCCCAACAACCCGGAAGCUACCAGCCGGUCUCGCUCCAGGAAGGUUCCGUCGUCCCACAUGUCUCCCUGCCCACACCUUCGAGCGCCGCUCGUCGCAGGAUCCAGUCCAUCGCCCUCGACCCGGAAUCCGACCAGGCCAAGUGCCCUGCACCAUUGACCGCCUGUGCCAUCCCCUCCUCCAAAUCGAAGAUGGUUUCCGUCAAGACUAAAUCCUGGGAAUGUCUUAAUCUUCAGGAGGAGCUUACUUCGUGUGGAAGCUGUAACAACGACUGUAUGAAACUCCCCCAUGUCGGUAACGUGGGCUGCCAAGUCGGUGCAUGCAAGAUCUUCUCGUGUGCUGCUGGAUACACUCUCCACCAAAGAAUGGACAACAAGAGCGGAAAGAUGGUCGAUGUGUGCAUCUAA